AUGACUUGCAGAAGAAAAAUCCAAUCAAUUCUGAUUGCCAACAAUAUCAUUCGACAUAGUGCAUUGUCUUUCAGAAAAGGUUAUUCCUGCCUAAAGAGAACACCUUUUGGGUUGAAUAAAUUUAAGGACGUGGAGUAUAGCCAUAAAUCUCCUGUACAUAUUUCAGUUAAGAAAUUUUCUGACAUGUCAUAUGGCAUGUUGGAGGAAAGGAGAUGUGAAGAAGAGUUGGUUCCUUUACAUCCCUCUAAUAGUCAGGUUAAGAUUAUGGGAUUAACUCGAUCUCCCAUGACCCUUGGUAAACAAUACUGGGUUGAGGAAUGUUAUAAAUUAUCUAAAAGUAAAAACGAAAUGCACUUGCAGAAUAACAGGGUUGCGCCGAAUGCAGUUACUUCCACUGGUCAGGAACAGGCUGUUUCUAGUAGUGUGAAGCACACUCAUGUGCAGCAGGAUCUUGAUGAACCUGCCUUGCCUUCUGUUAAACAUUCUAAAUUAAAGAACUCAAAAGAGUUGCUUGACACCAAAAGGGUGGACACUCUGUUAAAGGUACCUCCAUCAAAGAUCCUUAAGGAGAAGGUUGAUAAAGUUGAAGACAAAUGCAAUUUGGAGACAAUUGCAAAGUAUGAAGCCAAUGCAACAUCUGUUAAAAAGGCACGUAGUUCUGAACAAUUAAAACUUCGAGGCAGACUUUGUAGUAUCUAUGAAGACAUAUUGGUUGUUAAUAAUAUUUCUCUUGCUGAGGAAGUUGCUAAGAUGCUUACAGUAAAUUACAGGCAUCUUAUUCAUGCAUGUGAUACUGAGGUGGCCAAGAUAGAUGUCAAACAAGAAACACCUGUAGAUCAUGGGGAGAUAAUAUGCUUCAGUAUUUAUUCGGGUCCAGAAGCUGAUUUUGGAGGUGGAAAGUCAUGUAUUUGGGUAGAUGUACUUGACGGUGGAGGUAAAGAGAUCUUUAAUAAGUUUGCUGAGUUUUUUCAAGAUUCAUCCAUCAAAAAGGUCUGGCAUAACUAUAGCUUUGACUGUCAUGUUAUACAAAACUAUGGAUUUAAGGUUUCUGGAUUUCAUGCUGAUACAAUGCACAUGGCACGGCUGUGGGAUUCAUCAAGGCGCUGGGUUGGUGGUUAUUCUCUUGAAGGACUUACAGGUGACAGAGAGGUAAUGGCUAGGGCUAAGCUGGACCAUGAAAAGGAUUUGAUUGGUAAGGUGUCCAUGACAACUAUAUUUGGCCAGAAAAAGGUGAAGAUAGAUGGAUCUGAGGGUAAAAUGACUACCAUUGUUCCUGUUGAUGUGCUGCAGAGAGAUGAGCGAAUACCUUGGAUAUGUUACUCUGUCUUAGAUGCUAGAAGCACUCUAAAGCUUUAUGAGAGCCUAAAAAGUCAUCUUUCAGACAUGCCUUGGAAUCUUGAUAGUCUACCUGUUUUACACAAAAACAUGUAUGAUUUCUAUCAGGAAUAUUGGCAGCCAUUUGGUGAGCUUCUAGUCAAAAUGGAAUCAGAGGGAAUGUUAGUUGAUCGGUUAUAUCUUAAAGGCAUAGAAGACGUGGCCAAAGCAGAGCAAGAGGCAGCUGUUAAUAGAUUCCGAAAAUGGGCAUCUAGAUAUUGUCCUGAUGCCAAGUAUAUGAAUGUUGGAAGUGAUGCACAGUUGCGAGUACUUCUCUUUGGUGGCACCAUUAACAGGUGCUCAUCAUUUAAAUCUUGCGCGGAGCAUGUUUCUAUCUUAAAAAAUUGAUGGUUUUGAAGUAGAAAUUGAUAUACAAUAUUUUCUUUGGUGAAUGAUAUCAUGCAAUCUGAACUAUACUGAAAUAUGCUUUGUAAAAAUACUAGAGAUAUUCAUUAUGUUGAUAUCAUUAUAGUUUAUCAAGCAUGCUUUUUCUCUUAAAAAAAUUGGUUGCUACAUGAAGGCUCCUGUUAAUACUAACUGCAUAUAUGUGGUAGUUGAUUUUUGGGGAAAGACCUGUUUGGUAUUAUACUGAGACUCUUGUUUGUUUUGUUUUAAUAACUUGAUCAUAUUUUAUGAAUUAUGUUAACUAGCUUCUUUA